UGGGGCGAGUCACUGCUAGCCGUUAGCUAGCCGUUAACUAGCCGUUAAGCUCGGGGGAUGACAAGAGAGGACUCUCGGUGCUGCAUGUCUUUGUGUAAACGGAGUUUUCUAACAUGGCAGAGCUGCACAUCAUAGGCCAAAUCAUCGGGGCCAGUGGUUUCCCGCAGAACAGCCUAUUUUGCAAAUGGGGAGUUCACACGGGAGGAGCAUGGCGUCUCCUGACUGGGCUGAAGGAGGGUCAGACCCAGGUGGAUAUCCCACAGAUAGGAGACAUGGCGUAUUGGAGUCACCCAAUUGAUCUGCACUACACGACCAAGGGACUCCAGGGCUGGCCGAAGCUUCACCUCCAGGUGUGGCACCAGGACUCCUUUGGGCGCUGCGAGCUGUACGGUUACGGGUACUGCCACGUCCCUUCCAGCCCCGGACACCACCGGAUAACCUGUGUGACCUGGAGGCCGCUCGGCUCCUGGCAGGAGCAGCUGGCUCAAAUGUUUGUCGGCGGAGGUCCUCAGCUCCGCAGCACGGACAUUAUCUACAGCGGGGCGGACAGAUACAGACUGCACACCGAAGCUAUGGGGACCGUGGAGCUGGAGCUCGGUAUCAUCCUGAGGCACCUCGACAAAUAUGGCGUCGAGAGCUAACACGGUGAAAUGGAAAAGACUUUGGAAACUUUUAUAUUGUGCAGGUGGAGGGAUGUCUUCUGUGUUUUUAGUAAACUUUUAUACAUUUUUUUUCUGAAUUCUAUUGUGUUUUUAUACACUAACGUUAUUUGGAAUACUAUGUAAAUAAAGAAAAUAUGGUCAUAACGAAGUUGGCUUCU